UAUUUCGUUAAAAAGAACGUCCACAAGCAUUCUGAUUCGGGUAAAUCUUUCAGGAACGGCCAUUAAAGCUCUAAAAAAUGAUGCUGAGGAGCUCUUCUACCCCUGUUCUUGGGUCCCUGCUCUCUUCCUCCGAAACCCCUAAUAGGGAUUUUGAGAAUAGCUCUAGCAACAACAACAAACACCCAUUGAGCUCUGAUCACACUCUGAAGAAAAUCUCAUUCUCUCAUGGAGGGCACCCCCAUUUCAGCGCCUUCUCCUGCAACUCAUCUCCAAUUUCUCACACUGUUGUGACCUUCUCUGACUUCGACCGCGAACCCAGUAGUGCCAGCUCCAGAGGCUUUCGAAGGGCCCGAUCUGACGGUAACUUAGAAGGACUUGCUGCUGCCUCCUGCGAUUUCGACGAUUACACUACGAAGCCACUGAGCAGAACUUCACGAAGGCCAAGUAUGUCAGUUCUGGAGACAAUCCCAAGCUUCUCUAUUUACAGUUCGAGAGAUGGGUCUGAAGUCGAAGACGAAGACGAAGAAGAGAAAGAAGAAAAUAUGGAUCAGAGAGAUGGGUUGUUGGGGAGGUCUGUCACGAUUGGUGACUUUAUCGCUGCUGUGGAAAGUGGUGAAUUCUCUUUUGGGAGGAACAAUAAUAUGGGUUUGAUUGUGGAAGAAGAGCAUAGCUAUGGGAUGGGAGAGGAAAAGAAGUUGGUGAGCCCACCUCUCUAUCUGGCAAGAGGGAUUGGAAUUGAAGUGGGUGGUCUUGGUGGUGGUGCUGGUGGUGGAGGUGGCUAUGGUGGUGGUGGUUUUAGUCCCGAUCGAUCCGGUGAGGGUGGUGGCAGGGAAGGAUCCCAAAUUGAGGAGUAUUAUAAGAAGAGGGUUGAAGAAAAUCCUUGCAACCCUUUGUUCUUAAGGAAUUAUGCUCAGUUUCUGUAUCAGUCCAAAGGAGACCUGCGAGGGGCUGAGGAAUACUACUCGCGUGCCAUACUAGUAGAUCCAACAGAUGGGGAGAUCAUGUCACAGUAUGCUGAACUAUUGUGGAAGCUUUACCAUGAUCAGGACAGAGCUUCAAAUUAUUUUGAACGUGCAGUUCAAGCUGCACCUGAAGAUAACCAUGUGCUUGCAGCAUAUGCUAGCUUCUUAUGGGAAACAAAGGAUGAGGAAGAAGGCAACCUGCCACAGGAUUUUGCUGGUGGGAUAGUGGCCUCUGCAAGUGCUUGAUUGUGGCAUACAAUGCUAGAAAGAUACU